AUGUCUAGUCCUCCAUCCCCUAGUGAGUCCCGGCUACGUGAUUUGGCUUUGCGCGCGGAUCCCGCGGCUAGUGCUCGGGAACGUCGUGCACGCGACGCACCUUCCAUUGAUUCCCGCGUCGGCGAGACUGAAGAAGGCGAAAUUCUGGAUAUUUACGGGAGCCAUCAGAACGAUGGCGAAUUCAACGAAGAAUCUUCGUCGAGGCAAUCGCGUCACUCUCACCGUGGAGGUCGUGUAAGUAGAUCACCCCCUGCUUCUCGUUCUCGAUCCCGAAGUCGCUCGCCCAUGCGUCGCACUGUCGAUUCCACUGUAGAGAAUUUCACGGUAUCUGCGUCGAAAACACGCCUUGUAAGAAAAUGGAUGGUACAGGGUAUUCCAAAGACUGAUUGCAAGUCGCUGCGUCAACGAUACGCACCAAUAUUCGACGGUGAUUUUCAAUUGCAAUGCCCCAAACUAGAUGAGACAAUGGUUAGUUAUUGGAAACAGGCGGUCGGAAAAGAUUGGCGUUCAAAUUUAAACGAUUUCCAGGAGAAAUCUUGGCAAUCAGUCCAAUACCAGAUGUUGGAUUCAUUUCGGCCAAUACUACGCACUUGGAACCAAUUGCCGGAAGGCAGCCCCUUCUUAAACGACGUUGAAGCUACCCUACAGCUAUUAGGCUCUGCCUUUGCUGGAAUUUCUAAAUUUCGCCGUUCAAACGCAAUGCGACAUGUAGCUCCGGAACUGCUCCCUUUACUGAAGGACGAUCGAAUGUUUUCAUCUCACGAAUACGAAUGCCUUUUUGGAGACAAAUUUUUGACAGCAAUGGUCAAAGACGCUGACGACUUUGAAAAGGUCAAAAAAUUUGCCGGGCGCAGUGGCGUUUCUAUUCCGAAACGGUCUGAGAACCGUACCUCAAGUGGUCAAAGCAGUUACGGGUAUCGCAGUGGAGACAACCACUAUCAACCCUUCUCAAGCGGUUCACGCAGCAGCGGGCGCAGUUACCCCACCUUUACGUCGAAACAACAACAAACGUCCAGACCAACAAUCAAGAACGACUCUGGAUUCGUCAGACUGGAUGCUCCUCGAGGAAGCAUUUCUUCGAUUGGCGAAUAUUUGGCCAAUAGAUUUCGAUCUCUUUGCUUCCGCAUGGAAUGCGCAACACGCCAGAUUUGCUUAGUCGCUGCCUCAACCAAACGCAUCGACUCUGAACGCGUUCAGCCUCAACUGGAAGUUUCUUCAGGGAUACGCUUUCCCGCCAUUCCCACUCAUUCCUCGGUGCCUAUCCAAGAUCAAGCGGGACAAAGCAGAUCUGAUCCUCAUUUGCCCACUGUGGCCGUCGCAGGCCUGGUUUCCCAUCCUCCUGCAGAUGGUAUGGCAACUUCCACAAUUAACGUUCACCGCUCAACUCUGUCGAUGACACUCGAGCCCAUUGAGGGGAAAAACGUUGGUGAACAUCCGUUGGUGUUACGAUUGCUUAAAGGCUGCUAUAAUUUAAACCCUCCCGUACCUCGCUAUAAUAAGUUGUGGGAUCCGGAUAUCGUUCUCAACCAUUUCGCCACUCUCGGACCUAAUUCAGAUCUUGCCCUUUCUAUUCUCUCUAAAAAAUUAGCCAUGCUUUUAUCUUUAUCCAUCAUUUCUCGGGUUUCUGAGAUAUGCUCAACAUACAUUGCGGCAACAACCAAGUGGCGUAAGCCGGAGGAUGAUUCUCUUUUUCUGGCAGUGCGGCGGCCACAUCGUCCUGUGUCUUCAUCCACAGUCGGCCACUGGAUCAAAUCAUGUCUGAAUGACGCUGGCAUUGACACUGCAUCCUUUUCCGCCCACUCUACUCGUAGGGUGGCUUCAUGCAAGGCAGUGUUGAUGGGUGUUCCAGUUGAUCUCGUUUUACGGACGGCAAACUGGUCUGCGGAGUCCACCUUCCGCAGAUUUUACAACCACGAAUUGCCUACAGUUUCUGUCACAGAGGCAGAGUUGACGACGCAAACAAAUUCUCGGUCGUCGCUUUAA